CGUCUUCCGUUGCUCACUUCGGUGCCUCUGUCUGUACCACGUCCGCCAUUUUGACAUACUGCAGACUACGUAUACAGUGGUUAAUAGAAUAGAUUUUAUUGUGUUCGUUUCUUAUCAAGAAACAUAGUUUUACUUUAAAAAUUGUCCCCUAAAAUUUGGUCACCAUGGGGAAUAUGUUUGCUAAUUUGUUCAAAGGCCUCUUCGGCAAAAAGGAAAUGAGAAUACUGAUGGUAGGAUUAGACGCAGCUGGUAAAACCACCAUUCUGUACAAACUAAAAUUGGGCGAAAUAGUAACAACAAUUCCAACAAUAGGAUUUAAUGUGGAGACUGUCGAAUAUAAAAAUAUAAGUUUCACUGUAUGGGAUGUGGGCGGUCAGGACAAGAUUAGGCCUUUGUGGAGGCACUACUUCCAGAACACGCAAGGCCUGAUAUUUGUUGUCGACAGUAACGAUAGGGAGCGUAUAGGUGAAGCGAGGGAAGAACUCAUGAGGAUGUUAGCAGAAGACGAACUGAGGGAUGCGGUGCUGCUGAUAUUCGCAAACAAACAGGAUCUGCCAAAUGCAAUGAACGCCGCCGAGAUAACGGAUAAGCUCGGCCUGCACUCCUUAAGGAAUCGAAACUGGUACAUCCAGGCGACGUGCGCCACCAGCGGCGACGGACUCUACGAGGGCCUCGACUGGCUCUCGAAUCAGCUCAAGAACGCCAAUCGCUAGUAACAUUAUUAACAAU